AUGCAGGAGGAGAAGAAACGUGCGUUGGAAAUCAUGAUGGCCCGUGAAACUCCUGAAUCUGUGCCUGCCUUCAUGGAGAAUUGGGAGGCCAUCAAAAAAGAAUUGUUGCUUCCGUCUUGGUACACACACCGUGAUGUUUGGAAUUGUCUGCCAGGUUUGCAAGCCUUCCAGUGUAAGCAAACAAUGCCCAAACAGGGCAGAUGGUUCUCGUGGAACCAGGCCGCCCACGAGCAGCUGAAAGAAUGGACAGCUUUGAAAACAGUCCUUGCAUACUUAUUUGACGCAGACCCAAGUGUGGAUCCCGACUUGGCAUACACCAAGCGAAAACUUGAGGCCAUGACAAAGACUAAGACUGGUGACCAAGACGAAGACAAGACUAAUGUGAGAAAAGAAUUUGGGCGCCUGAAAGAGAAACUGGGAGGUGGCUUAAAGCUGUGCUGGCAUUUGAUGUCCAAAAAGCUGCAUCAAAUGGUGAUUGUGGUUUUGCUGUGCGCGAGACCACUGUGGUGUUGGUACACCUCAACUGUAAAAAAUAUCAAGAGCCCGGAAGAUCAUAUUCCCCGUAUCAUUGAGCUCAUGCAACAUUGGAACAAGGACAGUUGCCUGGGUUUGCUGAGUGAUGUUUCCCCUGUGUUGAGUGAGCGCCCUUUUGUACCAGAUGCUCUUGUAGAUCUCCUCGCCUCUUCAGAAUUUGCAGAUACUGGCGAGAAAGUCGCAGAGUUGAGCCAGCAUUUGUUGAAACAUCGGGCUUGGUCUCUUUCAAAAAGUUCCGCGCCUCCUGACUGCUAUUCUGGCUUGCUAUCGCAAGAUGGCCGAUUGCAACAGGAGUCUGUGUUUUUGAUGUCUUCAGACCAUCAGAUUCUGGUGAGUCUUGAGCAAGCUGCAGCUGAUGCACGGGCUUGUCCUAACAUCUUGGAGGAUCUGCGGACGGUGUUGACUCCAGCGAUUCGGAUGCUUCAUCUCGCGUGUGAAGAAGAUGGGUGGAAUCGUAGGUCUCCAAGUACCCAACAUCUAUUGCUUGGGUUGCUGAAGACAUUGCCUGAUUCCAAAAUAAUCGAGGACAUUCAUGGCGUUUUGCGGAACAAUUCCAAGAGCGGCCAAAACCGACAACAAACACUUCAUCAGCUGCAGGAAAUAGUUACAAACUCUACAGUGAUUGACUCCAGGGGUAUUGGGCACAAGGCCCAUGUGGACCGUGCCACUUUUUUGCAAGCUUUUCCACGAACGCGGGAUAGAAAGCGGCGGUAUUUUGCAAGAGUUCACAAGCUACUUGCAGAGCGGUCAAAUGUGAUGUCCAGGAAGAAUUGGGCGGCUUUGAGUGAAGAGGCCAUUCACAAAGGUAUUGCAGCGCUGAACUUUUUGCGGCGCUAUUCUAUGUUCAACCUUGCGCAAGAAGGGGUUCGGAUUCAAUCUGGACAGUUGAGCAAAUUUGCCAUGGAACUUACCCUCAUGUGUAACAGAGAUGAAUUUGAUGAGGUUCGAUACAUUGGCUUCAGUCUUGGUUCUGCAGACUGGGCAGUGCUUUUUUGGCCUCUUCAACGCUUCUCUGCUGGCUCGGGCAAAGACCUCUUUUACUUAGACCCAGCAGGUACAGCCGAGUGGAAGUUCUUGCUCAGUCCUCAACGGUGGCAGGUUGUGGAUCAUGAGGUGGUGGUUGAAAGUGGCAAGAUCUUCAUGGCACCAACUACUUCGCAGCCGCUUUUGAAAGCAUUUUUUGGAAACAUGCAAUGUAAAAAGUCAGUGACAAUACCAGACAUGGCUUUGCUUGCUGAAGUGUUGACCUUGCCGGAAGAGCUCUUCAAUGUCAAGCGUAUGCGACGCGAAGAGCCGUUGCACGCUCUUGUAGACAAAAUUGGGGCCAACCAUGAGCCGUGGGUCAAAAAAACAAAGGAACUCACGCAGACUCCCAUAAAAAGGAAAAACAUCGGUGAUGUGCUUGACGAGCUGGUUCUUUCAGAAAUGCCAUUGGAGGAGCAGCGUGAGUUUAGAGAAGUAGCAGAGGAGAUCCAGUCCAAGAAACAAACCGGCUGGUCGAUUGUAGAACAAAAGUGGCGCGACAGUAACAAGAAACGGCGGCCAAAAGCAAAGGCCAAAAGCAAAGCAAAAGCUAAAGCAAAAGCAAAGCCCAAAGCAAAGUCUCAUAUGUGGGGGGCUCGAAAGCGGAGGCGUACUUCAAAUGUUGAUGUUGUUCCACCAAUUGAAGAUGCACCUUCGUCCGCUGCUCCAGUUGUUGAACCUGAGCGCUCAGCGGCUUCUGUGCAGCCAAUGCAACCUGCCCCAGUUCCAGCUCCAGCAGUGAUGGACACUGAAGCCGCUGCUUCACUUGCGCCUGUUGAAGCAGCCCCAGAAGUAAACGAUGCAGGUGCUGUGAGUGGACCAGAUGCAGAAAUUGAAGUGGCAGCUCCGGUUGUGGAGCCCAGAGUUCCGGAAGUAGUUGCUCCAGCUGUGGCAGAACCCAGUGCAGCCCCUGAAGCUCUUGCGCCCGACGCAGCUGAAGUAGCUGUGCUCGAUGGUGCCCCUCAACCUCCAGCUGCGGGAGCAGCCCCAGGUGAUGCUCGGCCUGACCCUGCACCUCGUGGGCCAAGAGCCGCUGGCCGUGGAUUUAUCAACGCGUGGACAGAUGUGCAGUGCUCGAGUUGCUCCAGUGUUGCAGGCCAGAUUAAGUUGGAUCCCUUUCCGGGAUCUCGGGAUGCACCUACAUGGUUCAUGCGUAUCAAGCAAGCCGAUGGCUCAUGGGCAAGUAAGUUUCCAGGCUUUAAGAGGAGGACCACGCAUGUGAUCGGAGAGAGUGAGGACUUCCCGGUGAGGUGGGUCCAGGAGAACCGGACCUGCUGCCCCCCCCCUUGA